AUGGCAACAGCAGUAACUUCAUCGGUUGCUGCUGUCAUAUCAUCUAUAAUAACAUUGAUGAGAAAGCAAAGUUUCUGUAACAAUUUUGUUCCAUUAAUGGAUUAUAACCAAGAAGAUUCAACAGAUGGUAAUCUUGAAUGGACAGAUAAACCAUUAGCUAAAUAUAUAUUUCGUCUUACUGGUCUUUUAAGUUUUAUUUCAACAUGUAUGAAUACACCAAAAACAUUUGAAUAUCAUCCAUUUCUUCAAUAUACAACAUUUAUCAUUGAUAUAAUUUGUGCAAUUAUAUUAACAAUUGAAGCGGUUGCAAAAAUGAAAAUUCGAGGAAUAUUAAUUGGUAAUUCAUCUUAUUUACAUGAUCUAUGGAAUCAUUUUGACGCUAUUAUGGUUUUAAAUAUCUAUUUUUCUAUUGUCUUACAAAUAUUCGAAUUAAUUGGUAUUAUAAAUAAAUAUUCAUAUCUUACAAUAAUUCGUUCACCACGUCCAUUUAUUUUGAUAAAAGUUCUCAAAACAUUUCUCAAAGUUAAAUUACCUGAAAGUCAAAUUAAAACUAUUCUUCAACGUUCGAGUUCACAAAUUUAUAAUGUAACAGUGUUUUUUCUAUUCUUUAUGAGUUUAUAUGCCAUAUUAGGUGUACAAUUUUUUGGAUCACUUACAUUCCAUUGUGUGAGAAAUGGUACUGAUUUAAAUAAUGUGACACAGUCAGAUUUAAUGAUACCUGAUACAUAUUGUUCGCCAACAAAAGAUGGUUUUCAUUGUCCAGAAAAUUUUACUUGUAAAAAAAUUGAAAUUCAACGAAAUUUACGUGGUUAUAAUGGUUUUGAUGAAUUAGCAACUAGUUUUUUUUCAGUUUAUGAAUCAGCUAGUCAAGAAGGAUGGGUAUUUCUUAUGUAUCGAGCUAUUGAUAGUCUUCCAUCAUGGCGUGCAUUUUUUUAUUUUAUUACAUUAAUUUUUUUUCUUGCAUGGCUCGUCAAAAAUGUAUUUAUUGCCGUUAUUAUUGAAACAUUCGCUGAAAUUCGUGUUCAAUUCCAACAAAUGUGGGGUUCAAGAGGAGCAAUAUCAAACAUUGAAGCAACAAAAAUACUGCAAAAAUCUGAUAAUAGUACAUUAAAAUUAGUUAAUAUUGAUGAAAAUACUAAGAAAGGUGUAGUACCAGCUAUUUUUUUUAAAAUUGUACAAACUCCCGUGUUUACAACAAUUGUCAUGCUUGUUGUACUUGCUAAUACAAUCUUUACAGCAACUAUUAAACAUACACAUAAUGAAAUAAUUGAUAAAAAAAAUCGUGAAUUUUAUCAUAAAAUUGAGACAUUAUUUACGAUAUUUUUUGAUUUGGAAGUACUUUUUAAAAUCGUUUCAAUGGGCUUUAGAAAUUAUAUUCGAAGAUCAACAUUGAAAUUUGAAUUUAUUCUUGCUGUAGGAACAACUCUUCAUUGUUUUCCAUCAUUUUAUCGAAGUGGUUUUACAUAUUUUCAAGUUCUACGUGUCGCUCGUCUACUUAAAUCAAGUCCUUUACUUGAAGAUUUUCUUUAUAAAAUUUUUGGUCCGGGUAGAAAACUUAGUAGUUUAAUUUUAUUUACAAUGUGUUUAUUAUUGAUAACAUCAUCGAUUAGUAUGCAAUUAUUUUGUUUUAUUAAAGGUCUUGAACAAUUUGAAACAUUUCCUCGUGCAUUUAUGUCUAUGUUUCGUAUUGCUAUGAAUGAUGGUUGGACAGAAGUGAUGUAUUCAGCAAUGGACGAAGUUUAUGAAUUUGGAGUAUUCUUUUUAUGUCUCACAGCACUUUUCUUUAUUUUUUUUCAUUUAUUAACUAAUUCGAUUGUACUUUCACUUUUUGUUGCCGUCAUUUUGGACAAUCUUGAACUUGAUGAAGAUAUUAAAAUGAUUAAACAGUUAAAAACACGUCAAGCUAGUGCAGAAAUUCAACAAAAAUUACCAUGGCGUUUACGUGUAUUUGAAAGUUUUCCUGAUCAUCCUCAAAUGGUUGAAUUAUCACGCUUACCACAUGAUUUUAUAAUUCCAAAAGUUCGUGAUAGUUUUAUGCGUCAAUUUCUUAAUCAAGAUGAUAUUUAUUCAUAUUCUCCUGAACUUUCAAUGGAUUUAUAUAAUAAAAAAUAUACAGUUAAAACAUUACAUACGCCAGAAUAUCGAUCAACAGGUGAUACUAUGAAACGAACAGCUGUAAACAAUAUUAUCAGAAAUGCAAGUAAUCAACGUUUAUUAAGUGGUGAUGCUAGUCAAGUACAAUUAGCAAGUACAGCUGAUAAUAAAGUAUCAAUAUUUGUACAACAAAAUAAGAUUCGACUUGAUCGAAAAAAUUCCAUGCGUCGUUCAGGUUAUCGAUCAAAACCAGUAAAUGUUAUACGUGAAAAUGGAGAUAUUGGUGCAUUACAAGGUCGAAAUCAAGAUGAUUAUGAUAUCAAAGUAUUUCAAUAUCGAAAACAACAAGCUGAAUUAAAACGAAAUCAACAGGAAGAAGAUCUUCGUGAAAAUCAUCCAUCUUUUGAUACACCUUUAUUGAUAAUCGCACGUGAAAGUAAUUUUCGAAAAUUUUGUCAAUUUCUUGUUGAAGCUCGUUAUAAUGUUAAAACUAAAGAUUCUCUUGGACAAGAAUUAAAAAUUAGUCAAUAUAAACAAGGACAUAAAUUUCUUGGUUUAGUAACAUAUCUUGAUUGGAUUAUGAUACUUGUAACAAUAUUAUCAACAGUUAGUAUGUCAUUUGAAACACCUGUUAAUCGAGUUGUUGAUCAACCUUUAUUACAAAUAGCCGAAUAUGCAUUUGUUAUUUUUAUGAGUGUUGAAUUAACAUUAAAAAUUUUUGCACAUGGUUUAGUUUUUACACCAAAAGCAUUAAUUCGAGAUAUUGGUGGAGUUAUCGAUGUAGUAGUUUUUUUUAUUGGUUUGAUAUUUCUUUGUUGGUCACCACGAAAAGUUCCAGCGAAUAGUCUUGCUCAAUUUCUUAUGCUUCUUCGAUCAAUACGACCUUUACGAAUUUUUAUUUUGGUACCUGAUAUGAAAAAAGUUGUUUAUGAAGUUUGUCGAGGAUUUAAAGAAAUUCUAUUGGUAUCAAUUUUACUCGUUGUAUUGAUGUUUAUGUUUGCUAUUUAUGGUGUUCAAAUUAUUGGUGGACGAUUAGCUCGUUGUAAUGAUAAAGUUUUUUUUGAUGAUCAAAAAUCAUGUCAUGGAACAUUUUGGAGAAAACUUUCUGUAUCAAAAAUGAAUGUUAGUGGCGAUGAUCCAGUUAUGCUAGUACCUCGUGUAUGGGCUAAUCCACAUAAUUUUAAUUUUGAUUAUAUUGGUAGUGCUAUGUUAGCUCUUUUUGAAGUUCUAUCACUUGAAGGAUGGCUUGAUAUACGUGAUAUUAUUAUGGAACGUAUGGGUCCAGAACAUGUUAUAUUUGUUCAUAUAUUUGUAUUUAUUGGUACAUUAAUUGGUUUAACUCUAUUUGUUGGUGUUGUCAUUGCAAAUUAUUCAGAAAAUAAGGGAACGGCUUUAUUAACAGUUGAUCAACGUCGUUGGAUGGAUUUAAAAGGUCGUAUAAAACUUGCUCAACCAUUACGUGGACCACCUCGACCAGAAAAUAGCAAAUUUCGUUCAUAUGUAUUUGAUAUAACACAAAAUCGAUUAUUUAAAAAAUCUUCUGCUAUACUUGUUCUACUUAAUUGUGCAUUACUUUAUAGACCAUGGAAAGCUAAUGAACCAAUAACACAAAUAUCAGCAUUAAUAUCAUCUUUAUUUACAUUUUUAUUUCUUGUUGAAGCUGUUAUGAAAUGUAUUGCACUUGGUUUUGUUGGUUAUUGGCAAUCACGUAGUAAUCGUUUUGAUUUAUUAGUUACUAUACUUGGUAUUGGUUGGAUUGUAUUAAAUUUUAUUUCUAUUAGCAAGAUUGAACUGCAAGAAUUUAGUAAUACAUUUGGAUUUACUGUCAUUAUACUUCGGUUUUUUACUAUUGCUGGAAAACAUGCAACACUUAAAAUGCUUAUGUUAACUAUUAUUGUAUCAUUCUUUAAAUCAUUUUUUAUUAUUCUUGGUAUGUUUUUACUUAUGUUAGUAUAUGCUUUUGCUGGUGUUAUACUUUUUGGUUGUGUUAAAUUUGGUUCUGAACUUGGACGACAUGUUAAUUUUAAAACAGUAUCUAAUGCAAUUGUUCUAUUAAUGAGAAUUGUUACUGGUGAAGAUUGGAAUAAAAUAAUGCAUGAUUGUAUGGUUGUACCACCACGAUGUACACGUGGUGAUUCCUAUUGGGAAAGUGAUUGUGGAAAUCCAACAGCAUCUAUACUUUAUUUUUGUUCGUUUUAUAUUAUAAUUACUUAUAUUGUAUUAAAUCUUCUUGUAGCUAUUAUUAUGGAAAAUUUUUCAUUAUUCUAUUCAAAUGAAGAAGAUGCAUUACUUAGUUAUACGGAUAUUCGUCAUUUUCAAACAGUUUGGAAUAUGAUUGAUAUAGAACGUAAAGGUAUUAUACCAGUUCGACGUGUAAAAUUUUUAUUAAGAUUACUUCGAGGAAGAUUAGAAGUGGAUGCCGAAAAACUCUAUAAAUAUAUGUGUUAUGAAAUUGAAAAAUUAAAUAAUGGUAAUGAUGUAACAUUUCAUGAUGUACUUAAUAUGUUAGCGUAUCGUUCGGUUGAUAUUCGUAAAUCGUUACAAUUCGAAGAAUUACUUGCUCGUGAAGAACUUGAAUAUUUAAUUGAAGAAGAAGUAGCAAAAUUAACAAUACGUAAUUGGCUUAAUAAAUGUUUAAAACGUAUUAAGGCAAAAGUUCAAACAAAUGUUAUUAAAAAUUUACAACGUAGUAAUGAAUUAGCAUUUUUUCGUGAAGCACAAGCAAUGACAGCAAAUGAAUCAUUAAAAAGAACAACAGAUAAUGUGAGCAGUGAUGAAGAACGACGAAUAAAAAAUCUUGACGAUCAACAACAACAACAAAUACAAAAAGAUGUUGUCAAAAACGAACUUGAUAGAGCAACUACAUUACCAACACCUUCAAAUGAUGUCACUGUAAAUUCAAACUAUCGUACACCAGGAGGUAUACAUGAUACAUCUAUUGAAUUUAAAGAAGCACGACGACCAAUGCCACAACAAUUACAACAAAAUAUGAAUCUGACUUUAAGUGGUGAUGAAUCUUAUCCAUGGUGUUCAUGGCAAACAAGUAAUUUUAAUCAUGAACGAAAAGAUGUUGAAUCAUGGUGGGCUAAUCAAUUUCAAAUGUCAACUUAA